AUGCCAACUUUUCCGUAUUGUAACUUGUUCUUUGUCCAUUUUCUUCAUUUUUUUAUUUUUCCAUUAUUUUCUCUCUUUUUCCUUCUUUAUUGUUUUCCCUCUCAUGUAUUUUCAUUAUUCAUUCAUUUGUUAAUUCAUUCUAUUACUUAUUCUUUUUUCCAUUUUUUUUUUCAACAUUAUAUUCUUCGAUUUUUUUCAGCCUUACAUUUUUAUCUUCGACUCUUCUUCUUCUUCUUCUUCUUCUUCUUCUUCCUUCUUCUUCUUCUUCUUCUUCUUCUUCUUCUUCUUCUUCUUUAUCAUCAUCAUCUUCAUCUUGUUCUUGUUCUUCUCGUUCUUCCUCCUCCUCCUCCUCCUCCUCCUCAUCUUCUUCCUGUGCCUCUACUUCUUUGCUUCCUCUUCAUCUUCUUCCUUUUCUUCUUCUUUUUCUUCGUUUUCUUCUUUAUCUUCAUCUUAUUCUUGUUGUUGUUGUUCUUCUUCUUCUUCUUCUUCUUCUUCUUCCUUUUCCUGCUCUUCUUUCUCUUCUUCUUCUUCUUCAUCUUGUUCUUGUUCUUCUCCUUCCGCCCCCUUCGUCUUACUCUUCCUUGUUCUUCCUUUUCUUCCUCUUAUUGUUCUUGUUCUUCUUCUUCAUCAUCAUCAUCAUCAUCUAAUUCUUCUUCUUCAUCUUCUUCUCCCUCCACCUCCUAUUCUUCCUCUUCUUCUUCCUUUUUUCCCCUUCAUCUUCUUCUUCUUUUUCUUCCUCUUCUUCUUCUUCAUCAUCUUCCUCUUCUUCUUCUUCAUCAUCAUCUUCUUCUUCUUCAUCUUCUUCUUCUUCUUCUUUAUGUCUCUUAUUCUUUCAUUUAUUUUUACCAUGAACUUCUUCCGCUUCCUUUCCUAUUCACGAGUAUCUUCGACUUUUUCAUCUUCAUCUUCAUUUUUUCUUUCAUUACAUUCACGAAUAUAUUAUUAUUAUUAUUAAUACUAUUAUUACUACUACUACUACUACAUAUUCUCGCCAUUAACUUCUCCUUUUCCUUCUUCUUCAAUUUGUUUUCCCCCAUUAUCUUUUCCUCUUCUUCAUCUUCUUCUUCGCCAUUUUCUUUUUCUUUCUCAAUUAUGCAGGUUUAUUCUUUAUUCUCUUCUUUUACUUUCUCUUUUUUUCGUCUGUUCAACCUUUUCGUAUUCUUUCUUCCUUUCUUUCCUUCUUUUCUUCCUUUGUCUCAUUUUUUUAUUAUUAUUUUAUCGUCAUUACGCUUUUGCAUAUUUUUAUCAUAA